ACAUAAUUCAGUUUGUAAAUUGUCAUAAAAUGCCAUAACUGUCCAGCUCAAGGUGAGCGACAUAGAGAUAGCAGCACGUUUUUUCAGCUUAUCUGCUUUUCUGGAGAAUUUUGUUUCCUAUUAUACACUGACCUUUUUAAGUUUUACUUUGAUUUGGCUGAAGUGCACUUUGCAAGCAGAGCUGAAGUUUGAGAUCUGUUCUUGGGCUGAAAAGAGCUGCGUGAGUGUGGCUUGGAGUAUGUCAGGAGGUACCUGCAGGUGGUACAGCCCAGAAAUCCUGUGCCAGGGGAGAACUGAAUGUAACACUGCUGGGAAUACUGCCUGCUUAACUAAGGAAAGGCUACAGGAGGAAGGAUCAUUGAACUGUAAAGCAGUUUCUUAUGGAAUUCUCUCAAAAAAAUCACUAUAUUCAUAUUCAACCUGCACCAAAAUCUGAAACUUUUCUCUUUUUUUGUUUUUAUUUAAACUUAAUUUACAAAUGGUAAAAAGCAACAGAGAUGAGUUCCAGGUACUGGAAUUGAUAGAAGAGUCUAGGGGGGAGUUCUGCAUCUUCCUUGCAUGCUUGUUUUCAUCCAGGCACAACUUUGAAUUGUCUGCACCACGGAGCAGAGCAGGACUCCUUGCAGGAGCUCUGAUUACAUCAGAGAUGCACUGCAGAAUUCAAAAUACUGCAGAGGACACUGGGGGGGGGGAACGACACUUGCAGUGGAAUUUUAGCAUGUUACUCAUGAGUUCUAUUUCUUUCCCUCAGAAGGGCAUCUUUAAUAAUUCUUUUCCCAUUGCCUGGGAGUCUGGCAUCCUUCCUGAAUUUUAGCUGCAAGUAAGGGCAGUACAGAUUUCUAAUUUGAUUUCUUCAGCAGACAUAAGGGAUAUCAUCUCGUGCAGGACAGAUUUUUUUGAAAAUAUGUUCUAUCUUGCUUCCCAUGCACAACACCCCACUUUGGUCACCAAGAGCCCUUUCCACAGCGAGUUAUUCCUGUAGGUUCUGGAAGCCAGAACAGUUACCAGGGUUGUAUAAUGCAGUGAGAAACAAUUAUUGCCCCAGUAAGCUUACAAACAAAAUAGGAAAAGAUGCUCAGAGAGAAGUGAUUUGCCCAGGUGAGAACACAUUAUCAGCUAGGGAAGCCAGAAAGCUGACUGGGCUUCAGUAACUCCCAAGCAUUCCAAGGGCAGAAUGUUGACUCAGACAAGGAGGGAUUUUACCACUGGGCCUUGAGCAGAUCAGGGGAUUUUACUGUUCCAGCAUAUCCUUGAAGUUCAUCUUGUUUAAUUGCUGAGGAAAUUGUUGCUAUAGGCCAGUGGGUUUGUGUGACCUUAUAUUCUAGUGUGUUGUCUUUAAUCCUUAAUACAUUUCUCAUUAGCUGUCCCCAGUGUCAUUAGGCUGCAACUUGGGAAGAAAACGUUUUGCUUGGGUUUUAAGCUCAGUAGCAAAAAAACCCUUCCAUGAAUUAGAUCUCUCCCAUCUGAAAGCAGUAGUAACCAUCAUUCUGUAGAGGCACCUUCCAAAGGAAAAAACCAGACAGACAGAGAAAUGUAUGCAUUUAUUUUCCUCCUUCCUCCGUUCCUUCAACUCUUUGUUGUCUUUUAUUUCCUCCCACUCUUCUCCCAUAGAUCUGAUGCUAUGUGUAUCUGAGGCAAAGAAUGUGUAAAUAACCCAUGGAGGGCACCAGCUCCUAUGUGGGACCUGUAGGCUUGCCAGCUCUGGUUAUGGAAAAGGAAGGAGCCACCUUUUAUCACUGCAGUCGCUCAGUGUGUCACACGGGGGAUUAAUUUGUCCAAUUUGUUGUCUUGCACAGGUCGAGAAGCUGAGAGCAAGGAAAAAAAUUAUUUUUCUUUGCUCUGUCGUUUCCCAGUUGCUGCCUCGGGGCUACAGCGUGUGUUUGACACACAGAGAACAUCUACAUUCCCCUCUCCCCAUUUCUUCCCAUUGUGUCAACAGUGGAUGCAGUGGGAGAUCAAACCAGUGACAGAGAUGAGCUGCCUCCUCAUUUUUCCUGGCUGAGAUUCAAAGGAUAAGUUGUUGCUAACCAACAUCAUCUGGUGUUGCAGAAGGGAAAAUGGUUAACAGCUCCCAUUUAUCCAUGGUGUUAUAUCAGUCAUCAUCUUUAUUCUCCUCGGCCCAGCCCUGCCUCAGACAUGGUUGAGGCAGAAGGGAAAAUGCCUGUUUCCAAACAAAACAACAGUUGCUCUAAGAGAAGGAGCCCUACAUAAACAGACAUCAGGUUUUCCCUGUUUUCCCACAUCAAACCUAUAGCUCGAAUUCCAGUGGCAUUACUGCUGAUCUUAUCUUGGGAAUGCUUUAACAGGAGACCAGCUCUGAGGUCACUGGGAAUGCUUCACUGAUGGACUGUAUGGCAGGGCAAUUGAAAGUUGAGCUGCUCCUCUGUUCCAUGAGCUCUAGUUGGCACUGUCUGUGCCAGCUCUCCCUCUCCUCAGAUCCCUUUGUUUAUCCAAGUCCUGCAGCUUGUCCAGUGGACAAUGCCAGAGUGCCAUCACCUGUUGUGAACUCCACUGAUAAUCCCAGCAUUGGCUACAAUUUCUUGUAAUGUGGCUUUUUAAUACAAGUAUGUUUCAAGUUAAUGUUCUUUCUAGAAAAAAGACUUUCAGGUCAGCAGGCCUUCCCUCAGUCUUUCCUGAGGCAAGAGAGAGACCGAAAUCCAUGAGAAGCUGAUUUGAGUGCAGGCCUGCAGGGUUUUGUCACUGGUUGCACCCACAGUGCAGAAUUUCAGACUCUCCAUCCUCUGUGGAGGGGAUUUCCAGAGUCAUAACUCUGGAGCAAAGACAGAGCAACUCAGCAACACAAGCCAGUGAGCAGGAUAAGGCACUGAGAGCUAAACACAGCUCAGAUUUUGACAUGGAGAACAGCUGUGCUCAGGGUGCUGUCAGUAGUAACAGAGACCCCACUUUGUGACGUGAGUGAGGUGACAAAGCUCAGCUCUUUGCUUACCUCAGGCCAGGAAAUGGUACCACAACUCUUGAAAGAUCUGAAUCAUGCCUUGUCCAUUCUUGUAUAUUCCUGUAGACCUUCUUGUCCAUAUGCCCUAAAGGUAAGUAAAUUAAUGAUUUCCUUUUAGUAAUAGAGAGGAUUACGUGUCAUCAGGGUGGACUGGCUUCAAACUGACAGAGAGCAGUUUUAGAUGAGAUAUCAGGAAGAAAUUCUUCCCUGUGAGGGUGGUGAGGCCCUGGCACAGGUUGCCCAGAAAAACUGUGGCUGCCCCAUACUUGGAAGUGUCCAAGGCCAGGUUGGAUGGGGCUUGGAGCAACCUGGGCUGGUGGAAGGUGUCCCUGCCCAUGGCAGGGGAGUUGGAAUGAGAUGAGCUUUAAGGUCCCUUCCAACCCAAGUCAUUCCAUGAUUCUAUCCAGGUGAAGAAGCAGGAAAUACCACUCCAUCCAAAGCUGACCUGGGCCCACCUGUUUGGAAGUGUGUAAGGAGCUGCUCUGUUGAGCGUUAUCCCUCUUGGAAGUUUAGGAGUAGGACUGAGGGAGUGUUUCAUGGAAAGCAGCAUUGUAUGUACCACUCCUGGUGUGGUUUAUAAAGCCCAGCUUCUGAGAAGGAGGGUUCUGUGGUUAAGGAAGUGGCCCUGGCAGGGGGUGCAUCCCCAGGGUGUGCAGCCAAGGGGAGAAGACACUUGCAGAAGCAGCAAAGGGAUGUAAAGUUGUCUUCCAAGAUGACUCUGAUGCCUGGAGAAAAUUCCGACUAUGACUAUAGUGCCCUGAGCUGUGCUUCAGAUACUUCCUUCAACCACCCAUUCUUUCCAGAGUCAGAAACCCUCAAGGGAGUCUUUUACCAAAGAGCCAGGCUAAUUCCCCCCCAGGAGGAUCUCCUCAAAGGCUUUCACCCCGACGACAGGAAGCACCACAUCAUUAUAAACGUGGGGGGCAUAAAGUACCUGCUCCCCUGGACCACACUCGAUGAAUUCCCACUGACACGUCUGGGACAACUGAAAUUCUGUAAUAAUUUUGACGACAUUCUCAACAUCUGUGAUGAUUACGAUGUGACUUGCAAUGAAUUCUUUUUCGACCGCAACCCGGGGGCGUUCAGGACAAUCCUGACCUUCCUGAGGGUCGGGAAACUUCGGCUCCUGCGCGAGAUGUGUGCGCUGUCUUUCCAAGAGGAGCUGCUCUACUGGGGGAUUGAGGAAGACAACUUGGACUGGUGUUGUAAAAGGAGAUACCUGCAAAAAAUGGAGGAGCUCACAGAGAUAAAUGAACGGGAGGAUGACCUCCUAGAAAAUGAAACAACAGGUGAAACAGUAGAGGAGACAAAAAUUGGUUUGUGCAUGAAAAAGUUGCAAGACAUGGUGGAAAGGCCCCAGUCUGGCCUUCCUGGAAAGGUGUUUGCGUGUUUGUCUGUUUUGUUUGUAACUAUUACAGCAGUGAACUUAUCCAUCAGCACCAUGCCUGACCUGAGGGAGGAGGAGGAAAAGGGUGAGUGUUCCCAGAUGUGCUACAACAUUUUCAUUGUGGAGUCUGUGUGUGUGGCAUGGUUUUCCCUGGAGUUCCUGCUGAGGUUCAUCCAGGCAAAGAGUAAGUUUGCGUUCCUGCGGCGGCCGCUGACGCUGAUCGACAUAAUCGCCAUCCUGCCCUACUACAUCACGCUGCUGGUGGACACCACCUCGGUGGGCUCCAAGAAGCCCAGCUCCGGGAACAUCUACCUGGACAAGGUGGGGCUGGUGCUGCGGAUCCUGCGGGCGCUGCGGAUCCUGUACGUGAUGCGGCUGGCGCGGCACUCGCUGGGGCUGCAGACCCUGGGCCUCACCGCCCGCCGCUGCACCCGCGAGUUCGGGCUCCUGCUGCUCUUCCUGUGCGUGGCCAUCGCGCUGUUCGCGCCCCUGCUCUACGUCGUGGAGAACGAGAUGGCGGAUUCCCAGGAGUUCACCAGCAUCCCCGCCUGCUACUGGUGGGCUGUCAUCACCAUGACCACCGUGGGCUACGGGGACAUGGUGCCCAGGAGCAUCCCCGGGCAGGUGGUGGCCCUGAGCAGCAUCCUGAGCGGCAUCCUCCUCAUGGCAUUCCCCGUCACCUCCAUCUUCCACACCUUCUCACGCUCCUACCUGGAGCUGAAGCAGGAACAGGAAAGAAUAAUGUACAGGAGAGCACAGUUCUUACUGAAAGCCAAGUCUCAGAUGAGCAAUGAGUCACAAGGGAGUGAGGUUUUAUUCACCACUCUCUCUUCUGAGACCAAGGACAAUGAAUGAAAUUUAAGUUACUAUUUCCCCUGCUGUCGAGUAGUUUUGUUGUAUCAGAUUCCAUCUUUUAAUUUGCUUUGGAAGCAUUUUACAAGGGUAACCCUCUUACUAAAAUGAAGAAAAAGAGCUAUGGCCAGGAACUGAUGUGAUUUAAGAGGUCUGUUAUUAUGCUGUUCUUUCCUCCCCCCCUCAGUAUAAUGUAUAGGACAGGUCUUGCACUGAGAUCAUGCAGUGGGAUUUAAGGAAUUAAAAGAUCCCUGACAAGAAAAAAAAGAAGAACAACAUAUAAUUAUGCACUUGACAGGCUGUUUUGCCAUUUGUAACACACAUUUUUCCAACCGAAUCACAAUGUAUAUAAUCAUUAAACAGGCUGCCAUUUCUCUUGUUCUUCUUGUAUAUAAAUAAUGUAAAUACAACAAAAUUAAUGGCUAAAUUCUCUCCCAGUAACAUGCCUUGGAGCAUAAUGGAAAUAACCACAGAUGUUUGUCCCAUUGUGCUUUUAAAAAAGUGUCAAGAUUUGUCACUCACAACAGAACCACGUAUUUCUUUGCAAGUCAGCCCUAAACACAGCAGAAAAGAGAGAUCAAGCUGUUUACAGUAUAACCUUGCUAAAGAUGUAAAUACUUAGAGCUCCCCAGCUUCAAAAUUUAAUUGGCAUUACAGCAUUGAUUCUUUGCCAUCGAAUGCAGCAUUCCCAGGAACAAAGCCUUGGAGUUUUGUAGCACUUAAUAUUAUUAUCAAGAGGUGAGUAGCUGCAAAUGCAAUGCAAUAUGCAUGAGGAGCUGCCAGCCUUCCCCACCAUCUGUCCCAGGUUUCACUGUACCUCAGCUCUGGAAGGGAAUUCAGAGAGGGCAUUUUCCAGGGGACCCCCCACCAGUGCUGGGCAAAUCCACGCUGGGCUCCCAUUCCCACUGAGCACUUGGUUCUGUAUAAGGAGCAGAAAAUAUGUGGUCGUGGGAAGUUGCCAGUGAGGAAAAAAAAAAAAACAAAAUACCAUUUGAGUCAUGGAGUGGGGUGCACUGACAGCUUUAUCCUGUCCUCAAUCAAGAGGGACUCAAGGCUUCAUUAACUCUGCCUUUGCCGUCCUUACACACAUGGUAGGAAUGGAGAAAAUUUUAAAUAGGACAUGAAAAAGCAAUUCAGGUCCUAAACCACAACCACGUAUUCGUCAGCCCCAGGGCUGUCUUGGUCCAGGUUCUGCUGAAGUUGGGGGGAACACAUGGGUCAUGAGAUGCUCAGGUUUCUCUGCAGGUUAAUGACAGACCCCCCCCCAUUUAUUUUAGAGGGGAUGGUACUGGCUUGAUAACAGCUCAGGAGAAAAACUCCAGAACUUAAAAGAAAAUUAAUUUAAUCCACUGAUUUAUUUCAUGUGCUUAGAAGUAGAGGAAAGCUAACCUGAGGAGUCUCACCUUUUUUCCCCUUCUUUUUAUUACAUUUACUUAUUAGCAAGUUAAGAGUUGGGGAAUUUAGAAGUUUCCAUCACACUGACCAAUGCUUCUCUACAUUGAUUUUCAGAAAUACUAUCUCUUAUUGGCAUUUCUAGAAACACCAGAAUGCAAGAUGGUUUUACAAUUUAAAUUAAGACCAAGGACACAACCAUUGUCCUUUCAAAAAAAGUAAAAUUAGUUUCUCAGUCUGUGCUGUUUGGCCAAGCCCACACUAUGCUGAUUUUCUUUUCAAAUAUCUUUAAAAUACAAUUUGAAGGCGUUCUGAUAUGCUUGUUCCUGAAGGAUAAUUCCCAAAGUUUUUAAAAUGCACUUUUCAAAUAAUUAGGGCUCCAGUCUGCGGUAGGGAAAUGUGCCUAUGGAACUUUACUGCAGAGUGCUAAAAUAUCCAGCCUAAACUCUUGGCAAUUAAUUCUGCGCCAAAGCUACAAAUGAACCAGCUUUUCACUCUUCUUCUUCAGCUUUAAUUAGAGUUGGACAAAAAACAGGAACAUCGUGACAAGAAAGGGACACGUUUUCCAUUUUAUCCCCAUUUUUUUAAAUUUCAGGACUGUUUGAUCAUCUGUGGCAUUGGCUGCAGCACAAGUGCUAUACAUCUUCUACCUUGGUGUCAGCGUUCGUUAUAAAAAGAACUGGUAAUUAGAUUGGUCCUGUGAGCAACAGUUGCUUAUCUAAGAAUGUGUUUGACAGGCUGAGCCAUAAAUAAGAAGCUGUAAGUGAAUAUAAGGAGAAAUCAAGACUUACCAAAUAAAACCUAAGCUCAUUUCCAUGUUCUGCUAGUUAAUAAAUGCUGUAGGGCCAUCCAUUUUCUCAAUGUCUUUACAUUAAUGUGCCUUUAUUUUAUGUAUCACUUUAUUUUUUUUUUAUCCCCAAACCGAAGCUUGAUUCUAAAGCCCUUGUCCAGAAAAAAAAAAACCACCAAAAUUAAAAAUAUCACCCUGGAGUUGGGUGUUGGUUGAGCAAAACUGUGAAAGCAUCUUGCCUGUUGCAAGUUCUGCCUAAGCCAGGGACAAAUAAGCUGCGAGGAUGUACCUACCCCGUGUAAUUUUGUACUUGGCAACAGCUCCUUGUAAGGAUAUGGCCAUGUUUUACUCUGAAUCACUCUAACAAACCUGGCUGUGUUUUACAGGAGGCAAUACAGACUGUAGUCCUUAUGCUAAAUAAAUCCAGCUAGAAGAGAACAACACUAGUUUGAAGCCCACACGCUGUUCCAGCUUUGCUGGGAAGGCUGAGGGUCUCAGAUGAUUAUGCCUUUUUACAGCAUAGUAUCUGAAUUUUUAGCCAAAUUCACGAGAAUUGUGGCUCGACUCUAAAGCUGCCUGUUCUGAGAGCCCCCGAGUCAGCUAUCACUCCUUUUUGGCAUUUUAGCAGCAUGUGCAGCCAACAAGACAGCUGCAAUAAAGCCCCGUUGUGCUUUCCUGACGCGGGAGGGUUGCUGGGGUGCCCCGACAGUGGUGACGUCUGUGACAGCGAUGGGCACUGCUCUGGGACUGCCCUCUGUAUGCUCAGCACAUGUACAGAAUGAACCCCACAGCAGGAGCUGUGCUAGUGUGGAUUAAUAAAGUGUUGGGCUCUCCCUGCA